UCCUUUGCUGAAACAAGAGAAUUUUUAACGCCUUUCAUUACUUUACGUUAGCGGAUUGCUUAUUUAAGUUUGUUGGUUGACUCUGUAGUCUUUUAGUGAUUUGCCGGUUGAAAGUGCGAAACAAACAAAAGAAUUCUUGAACAAAUUCGCGAAAUUACGAAAGUAUUCUUAAUCGAAGAGUGUUUUGUGUAAGAUAGUGCUAUAAUUAAAAAGUGAAACUCUUGUCACCAUGACCCAAGACAUAAUGAUGAGCAGCGAAGAGGCAGUGCCUGUAAGCGACACCUCUUCCAGCAAACAAUUGCAGCAGUUUUGUUUGUUGGCCAAAACGGCUCAUGGUGCUGCCAUUCUGGAGUUGAUCAAACAAGUGCUGGAAGCUCCAGGUGUCUAUGUUUUUGGCGAACUGCUAGUAAUGCCCAAUAUACAAGAGCUCAAACAAGGUGACAAUGUGAAAUACUACAACACAUUGCAUUUAUUUGCUUAUGGCACCUACAAACAAUAUCGCCAAAAACCCGAAGACUACUUGGAGUUGACAGCCGGCAUGCAAAAGAAAUUGCAGCAUUUGACCAUUGUCUCAUUGGCCAUACAAAAUAAAUGUAUACCCUAUGACAUGUUGUUGGAAGAAUUGGAUAUUGAUAAUGUACGUCAUCUGGAGGAUGUCAUAAUCGAGGCUAUAUAUGCAGAUAUUAUUCAUGGAAAAUUGUUUCAGAAUAAUCGUUUUCUGGAAAUCGAUUAUGCCCAGGGUCGUGACAUUCCACCUGGCUAUACAACCAAAAUAGCAAAAACUCUGCAGGAUUGGGUUGAUUCCUGUGAUGCCAUCUCCAAUUGCAUUGUCGAGCAGAUCAAACGCGCAAAUGCUGAAAAAUCAAAGAAGUUGGAUAACAAAAAACAAAUUGAACAGAAAAUAAUUAAUUUGAAGAAAGUUUACAAAACUCAAAUUAACGACAACGACGAAGCCAUGCAAAUCGAUUCACGUGAAACCACAUCCUCGACCAGCCAAGAGGCGGCACGAAAGAAAAGUUCCAAAGUUAAGCCAUCACGAUCUGCGGUUUAAAAGGGCAAAUUUGCAUCAUUUGGCUGUCUGUGUAUCCUUUAUUGGAUUCUGGCAUACUGGAAUAAGUUUUCUUUUUAUUUAAAUUCAAAUCCAUGCAUCUCUAUUAUUUUAACUAUAAAUAAAAUAUUAGAUAUUUCUUUA